UUGCUACCACAUUGUUCAUUAAUUGGAUUUGGCGGUGGAAACAAAACCCCUUCCCUUUUCAUUUUAUAUAUAAACCCCAUUUCUCUCAUUAACGUCUUAACCGUCUCUCUCUCUCUCUCUCUCUCUCUCUCUAAACAUCUCUAUAAACAACGCAAUCUCUAACGAUUUCGCCGGCGGCAAUAUCUCCGGCGCUGCCUGCUCCAGAUUCUGUGCGCUUUGGAUUCUCCGCCAAAUUUAUUCGUUGAGGUAUUGAAGUUACAAAUAAAGGCAACUUGAAUUUUCAGUAAAUCCUUGCUGUACCUGGAAUUUCGGAUUCUUCCGCAAUGGGUGCAGGUGAAGAUCUUGUAAACAAUGCAGCUAAUGCUGCUGAGAAUCCUGUAAACGAUGCCACUGGUACUACAGAAAACUCUAUAACUAAUACAGGAGAUUCUUCGGAAAAUGCUGAAAACGCUGUUGAUGUGGAAAACCAUACAAAGGACCAAAUAAAUGUUGCAGAAAAUCCUACAUAUGACCAAGCAGGUUGUGCAGCAAACCCGAGAAAUGACCAAAAAUGUAGUGAAGAAUAUCCAGCAAAGGACGAUGCAGGUGACGAUUCUACAAAGGACCAAGUAGGUGGUGCAGAAAAUCCUGUAGACGAUCAAGAAGGUGAUGCAGAAAAUCCUUUAAAUGACACAGCAGGUGGUACGGAAGAUAUAGUAAAUGAUAAAACAGGUGGUGCAGAAACAGAAACUCCUAUAAAUGACCAAUUAAAUGUUGCAGAAAAUCCUGCGAAUGACCAAGCAGGUGGUGCAGCAAAUCUGGUGAAUGAGCAAGCAUGUAGUGCAGAAUAUCGAGUAAAGGAAGAAGCAGGUGAUGAUUCUACAAAGGACCAAGAAGGUGGUGCAGAAAAUUCUGUAAAUGACACAUCAGGUGGUUCAGACAAUUUUAUGAAUAAUGAAGCACAUGCUGCUGAAAAUUCCACAAAUGAUAUAGCAGGUGAUUAUGAAACAGAAAACUCCAUGAAUGACAAAACAGGUGAUGAUGAAAUACCUGUAAACAACAACGACAAUGCUGUAGAAAAUUCUUUUGACGACGAACAAGAUGAUGCAGAAAAUCUUGUAGAUACCAUUGAUACACUGUCAAACAGCGAAGAUGAUGAUGUUGAAACCCCUGUAAGCAGCAAAAUAGACCGCCUUCCAGAAGAAGCACAGGAGAUACUGAUAUCAAUGGCAGGUAAAUGGGAGGAUGUACUAGAUGCAAGUGCAUUGCAGGUGAUCCCUCUCAAGGGGGCUAUGACAAAUGAGGUAUUCCAAAUAAAGUGGCCAGCUACAACUGGGGAAAACUCACGGAAGGUUCUAGUUAGAAUCUAUGGUGAGGGUGUGGACAUUUUCUUUGAUAGGGAUGAUGAAAUACGAACCUUUGAGUACAUGUCAAAGAAUGGUCAGGGACCUCGUCUACUGGGACGUUUUACAAAUGGACGCGUUGAAGAGUUUAUCCAUGCACGGACAUUGUCAGCUUCUGAUCUACGUGAUCCAUCUAUUUCUGCUCUUAUAGCGGCCAAAAUGAAGGAGUUUCAUGAUCUAGCUAUGCCUGGUGAAAAGAAAGUCAAUCUUUGGCGCACAUUGAGAACUUGGCUUAGUGAGGCCAAACGUUUGUCUUCUCCAAAGGAAGUCGAAGCUUUUUAUUUGGAUACAGUGGACAAGGAAAUCUCUAUUUUGGAAAAGGAACUAUCAGGAGCACAUCAACGGAUAGGAUUUUGCCACAAUGAUUUACAAUAUGGUAACAUAAUGCUUGAUGAAGAGACCAAUUCUGUGACCAUAAUAGAUUAUGAAUAUGCAAGUUACAAUCCUGUAGCGUAUGAUAUAGCAAACCACUUCUGUGAGAUGGCUGCAAACUAUCAUACAAAAAUGCCUCAUAUUCUUGAUUACAACAAAUAUCCUGAUUUUCAGGAGCGUGAACUAUUUAUUAGGGCAUAUUUGUGGUCCUCAGGUGAACAACCAAGUGUGAGUGAAGUGGAGCAUCUCCUUCAAGAAGUUGAGAAGUAUACACUUGCAAAUCAUCUAUUCUGGGGACUUUGGGGAAUAAUUUCGGGACAAGUAAACACAAUUGAGUUUGACUACAAGGAAUAUGCAAAACAGAGGUUUCAAGAAUAUUGGGCAAGGAAACCAUAUCUUCUGAGCUCUGAUGCACCUUCUCCUUUUAAUGUCCCUGAGGGUACAGGAGAACUUGCUUCGGUAGUGCACGCCAGAGGAACGAAGAACACUGGUAUCUUCAGGAAGAUGAAGAGAGUUUUGGGUGUUGGCUUGUUCAGGUCGAAAAGCUAAAUCAAGUUCCCUGCCAAACCAUUUUUCAUAACAUUUCUCGUGAUUGAAAUUGUCAAAUGAUUAAAAGUCAAGAAAAGGGUCACAUUUAAUGUACUACUAAACUAGUACUACAUUUUGAUAUUAUAUUUUUUAUUUGUUCAUUCUUUAAAUUCGUAUCAGAAAUGUUAAUGUACGUGAUUGUAAGAUCAGAAAUCUUAGCCUGCUAAGUUUAUAUUAUGAACUCACAUUGAUGAUCAGCUCAGAAGCAGUUAAUGUAAAUAGCUCAAGAGUCUAAACAAAAAGUUGAAAAGAAAUGUCCAA